AAAAUUUUAUGUUAAAUGGCUGAACCGGAAGAGGAAUCUCCAGAGGAAAAGCCGCCUCCAACGAAGGCCCAAAGAAUCAUUCGAAUUAUACUCCAUGUGCUUUUUCAUGUAUUGUUCAUUUCGUAUUUUAUUGCAGCAACAGUAAUUUUUAGUUUGUAUGACAAGGGAUCCGACGAUUGCUUUCCUCCUCCCGAACCAGAAACAACAGAAGCUUCUACUGCAUCUGACGAUGUUACCACAGAAGCAACUGAAACUACUGAAAAGCCGAAAGAGGACAAAUUUAAGCCAUAUAUUCUGUGUGAAAUGUUCUGGUGCACUGGUUAUGGGCUACUUAUCAUCCUAUUUGUUUUAUUUUACAUAUUUUGGCUGUACUAUUGGGUAUUCAAGCCAUACGUUGGCAUCAAGCUAUAUAACAAUUUCCUGGAACCUGCUAUCGACAAAUGGAUAGAGUUUAGUCGCCAAAUGAUAGUCUCCGGCGUAAUGCUGGUGGCUGUAAUAUCACUGACGGUGGCGUACCUUGGCUUCGAGUGUCGCGAUAACGGCUACAAGGCGAUCGGACUGUUGGGUCCAUUCCUUUUUAUUCUGAUCGGAUAUGCAGUGAGCAAACACCAUAAAAGUGUCCCUUGGCGCAUUGUGACACACGGUAUACUGGGCCAGCUUCUACUGGGUAUCCUUUGCCUGCGCGUCCCUAUUGGACGCUCAAUCUUCCAAUGUCUUGGGGAAAAGAUGACAACAUUUCUGCACUUUGCUCAGCAUGGAGCCCGUUUUGUUUACGGAGACCGUAUAUGUGAUGAGUUUGUUUUUGCUUUUGCCAUACUGGCAGUGGUGUUCUUCUUCAGCGUGAUCACAAACAUAAUGUACUACCUGGGCUGGAUGCAAUUCGUCCUGAACUGUUUUGGGUUUCUACUGCAAUCCACGGUGGGCACCACGGUAUGUGAAAGCGUAAAUGCAGCGGCUAACGUCUUCCUGAGUAUGUCCGAGAGCCCUCUCGUCAUCCGGCCGUAUAUCCUAAUACUAACAGUGAGUGAAUUACAUACAAUCUGUACUUCUGGCUAUGCUUCAGCGUCAGGUACCGUUCUGGGGGCGUAUGUCGCCUUUGGUGCCUCACCCGCCCUUCUGAUCGCGGCAAGCGUGAUGGCUGCUCCUGGGUCGCUGGCCUUCUCCAAGUUGUUCUAUCCGGAGACCGAAGAAUCGCAGACCAGGUCCGAUAACAUUCAGCUUGAAAAAUCACCCGAUUCGUCCAUUCUGGAUGCAGCCGCCAGUGGAGCUAUGACUGCCAUGUGGAUUGUUCUGGGAAUCGUGGCGAACAUCAUUGCUCUUCUGUCUCUUGUUUUCUUCCUUGAUGCCGUAACAGAGUGGAGCUUUGAGCUGCUCGGCCUAAAAAAAAUCACCCUGCUUUUUAUUCUUUCUCAGAUAUUUAUACCUAUAGUCUUCGUUAUGGGAGUGCCGUGGUAUGAUUGUCAAGACAUUGGCUUGGUGGUGGCUGAGAAAUCGCUGAUCAACGAGUUUGUCGCCUUUCAACAUUUAGGAAAGCUGAUCAGUGAAAAUAGUGUUGAACCACGAAGCGCUGCAAUUGCUACUUUCGCGCUUUGCGGAUUUGCGAACCCCGGUUCAUUGGCUAUUCUGAUCGCUGCAUUAAGUGCAAUGGCACCAUCUCGACGAACAGACAUCAUCAAGGUGGCCUUUCGAGCCUAUUUCGCUGGCAGCUUCGUCAGCUUUACAUCAGCUUCCUUUGCAGGCAUUCUCUAUUAAAAAAAACUCUGCGAUAUUUAAAUGCAUAAUUAUCGGAAUUCAUUGGGCGAUAUAUGUCUAAACAAAGUUGGAUCCUGGAACGAUUUUACUUAAAUUUGAC